AUGCAAUCAAAGAAUUGGAUUUACAACAUUCGCCUUCCUAUUUUAUUUCUUUAUUACCUCUUUUGCAAAAUAUGGGGUUAUGGAUUACUUAUUGAAUGCGAAGAUAUGUUCCCCUAUAAAGGAAAACUUGCCAAUGCAAUUAAUGGGGAUGCUUAUACAAUGGAUGAGACAACAAUUUUGGCUUGGCAUGAUAUGCUUGUACAUAUGUCAGAUAGAGAUUCAGAAGCUUUUAAUUUGAGUAAAAUACUUAAACCAAUACUUUGGUCAUAUGCCGAAGAUCUGGAUAUGUAUUUGCCUUAUUCUGAUUGGCUUGCUUUGAAAAAAUUUAAGUAAGAGAGAAAGGUUUUUUAAUUUAUUAGGGAGUAAAAUUGGAGUUCUUCUUUACUUAUUUAAGCGUUAAUUGUGAUUUUGGUUUGUGUGUGGUUUUGGUGUAGUGGUUAGGUGUUGUGACUAUGGUGGGUAACCAGCAAGGUUCGAAUCCCCCCUUCGGGUAUUUCAAUUUCUAUUGUUUUUUAUCUUUAAACCUUUCAAAAAAAUUUUUCUUGGUGAUAUUAUCUACCUUAUUUUAUUUUUUU